GAACUGUGUUGUGUCGAAGAAGGAACCGCAAACCGAAAUCCUCUCACCCUUCGAAACCCUCGUCGACAUUGUUCUUUACUUCUUCGAACUCUCUCUAACUCUCUGUCGUUGAACUCUCUAUAACUCUCUGUCGUUGAACUCUGUCUCGUCGGAGUUUUUAGAAACCGUCGUCUGUACGAAAUCGCCUUCACCGCAUUCUCAUCAACGAGUUCAUCUUUUCCGGUAAGAUGUCGCGACGUUAUAUAUUGUAUUUUGGUUGAGUUUGUGGGUCAGUUAUAUAUUGAGGCUGUGAUAUGGGUGUGUCGAGGUUUUUGUUGCGACUGAGUUAGGGUUAUGUUGACUGUGCUAUGGGUUUGUCGAGGAUUUUGUUGUGUCUGAGUUAGGGUUAUGUUGCGGCUGAGAUAUGUGAUUGUCUAGGCUUUUGUUGUGUCUGAAUUAGGGCUUUUUGUUGUGGCUGAGUUAUGGUUAUGUUAUAACUGAGUAAUUAUUAUGUUAUGGCUGAGUUAUGGUUAUGUUAUAACUGAGUAAUUAUUAUGUUAUGGCUGAGUUAUAUAUAUGACCUAAUAUAUUUUAAUAUUAUGAUAUGGCUGUGUUAUUUUUAUGUUGUGGCUGAUUUAUUGUUGUGUUAUAUGAUCAGAUGGAUGUUAGUCAAGUCGAACCACGUGAUUACCCUCCAAGACUUUACCCUUCUAACCUAGAAGGUAAAGAUAUCAAUCAUAAUUUCCGUGCAGGACAUUUCCCCCACAUUAAAGAAACAAUAGGACUCGAUGUGUGGGAAGAACUGGUGAACUCUCCCAUUGGAGUAGUUGCUAGGCUACUUUCACGCGAAAGCAUUUGGUCUGGUAGGACCGUACACUAUCUGCUAUGUAGACAGCUGCGAGUGCAUAAAAAGGAGAUAUGGUCUGUUGUGGUUGAUGAUGUUAUCAGGUUUAGCUUGCUCGAGUUUGGUGAGAUCACUGGGUUAAACACAGGUCCAUUGCCAACAGAAAGUUUUGAACCUGAUCAAUACAAAGAGUUUUGGGAGGAGUUGAAGGUGCCGCUUGGGAUGGGACCCAAGUAUGAUGAGCUGAAGGCAGCAUUAGAGUUCUGUCCUGGUUGGAGUUUUGAAAAGCGUAAGUGGUUGGGGAUGUUAUUUCUUCAAGCCAUGGGACUGUACUGUUUGCAUCACAAUUCAAGGAUACCCUUUCAAAGUGCAAUAAGGGUAUUCGACGAUGAAGCCAUGAGGUCGUAUCCAUGGGGUCGGACUGCAUACGAAGUUCUUGUUGACUCUCUGAAAACACUGUCUCCAGAUGGAAAGUCAUACACAGUAAGCGGCAUGAAGGACGUUUUAUUGGUUUGGGCGUAUGAGUCCAUCGUCUGUUUCGGUGAGAAGUUUGGGAGAGUGGUCAACAAUGAAGACGUUCCUCUUUUGCGAUGGGGUGGAAGGCGUACACGUUCAAGUUUUGAUACUGUCUUGUCUGACGAAAUCAAAGAUCAUGGCGAGGUCCGUUUGAGGAGAAUGGUUAUGAAGGAGUCAAUUGAAGAGAUGUUUCCUGUAUGGUCGGAUGAACCUGACGACCCACAACUCGUUAGGUUGGUAGAAGACAUACACGCAGGUAGAUACGUGAAAGGUUUCUGGGAAGUACAGAGGGAUGAGCAGGGGAAGGGGAAUGAGAAGAAGAAGAAGAAGAAAACGAAGGGAGUUUCAUCAGAAGCUGAGCCAUCAACAAAGAAGCAGAAGAAAGAAGCUGCUGAAACGAGAAAGGGUUCUAGCGAGGAGGAAGCUGUAUUGGACAAAGCGACUCUGACGAAUCUUGUGAGUGCUCUGCAGAAUAUUUCAGCAAAAUUUGACGCUUACGAUUUUGACCGGAACCGGCCAGUGAUGGACGAGAAGACCCUAGAUAACGUGGUGAAAGCUGUAGUGCAGCAGAGUCUGAAAGUUUUGGGGGAAAGGAAAAUUCCCGACAACGAUGCUAAACUCUCCUCCGCCGGCGUAGAAAAAUCUUUAUCGGUGACAUCAUCACCUCGUAGGAGGUCGCCACCGGAAAAGUCGGACAAAAGUCCAGUGGUAGAACCGCAGGCCCAGGAGGAGAAGUCUGUAAAAACUCCAGUGACAGAACCGCGGCAGCAGAAAAAGCCUGUCAAAAGUCCAGAGCCGCCGCAGCAGAAAGAGAAGGCUGUCAAAAGUCCGGUGCCGCCGCAGCGGAAGGAGAAGGCUGUCAAAAGUCCGGUGCCGGCGCAGCAGAAACAGCAGAAGUCAGUCAAAAGUCCAGCGUUAGCUGAGACCCCUGCAAAGAAGAAUUCGGAGCUUGAGAAGGAUACAGUGGUGAGAAGGAUUUUGGGUGAUGAUUUUAAUGAAAUUGAUUUCAUCAGUGUUUCUCCUGCAAAGAUUACUAAGGAUGCUAAGGAUGGUAAGGAUGCCAACGUUCCAGCCUAUGGACGCGGCUUACGGGGCAAGGCCAAGCGUACUGUUACUGUAAAGGAUGAGGCUAUCGAGGAUAAGAAAAAAGCACAGCGGGCAGAGGCUGCGUUGAAGAGGAAGGAGAAGCAAGAGGCUAAGAAAAAAGAGAACGAGGAGAAGAAACAGAAGAGAAAAGCGGCUGAGUUACAAAAGAAACAAGAGGCUGGGUUACAGAAGAAAAAGAAGGAAGACGAGGCUGAGUUACCGAAAAAAAAGAAGGAAAAAGAGGCUGAGUUACCGAAGAAGAAGAAAGAAGAAGAGGCUGAGUUACAGCGGUCUGAGGAAUGUGUUGUGACCAACGACGAAGUUCUUGCGGAAGAUAACGCAUUGGCGGCGGGGUCUGAUGUCGAGCCAGCUGAAUUGAUUAGAUCUUCCGUGGUAAAGGAACUUCGGGAGAAAUCAGUUAAGUUAUCUCCACAAGGGUUUUCAUUGACGAACCUUGAUUCAGCACCAGUUUUUCCGUACAUUGGAGACAAUGGACAGACGACUUGCAUGAGGAAGAACAUUACGCCUUCAUCAGAAAUAUACGACCCUUGCGCACCUGUUGAUCCGGCGCGACUGGAAAAACUGAAGCAACACAUUAAGGCAAUUCCACCCAAACCACCAGCACCUAAAGAUAAACCAGAAGAACCCUCAGCUGAUCAUGAGAGUGACUUCUACAGCAUACUCAUGCAUGAAAGACCGUGGCCUGACAAAGAAUAUGGAUGGGUGUUUGAUAAUCAUAUCGCUGCGUAUAUGAACGUCCUCAUACAAAGGUCCAUGCGAGAUCCCACUCCAUUCUGGUCCAAGCGGAUUGGUUUCAUAGACCCUUGGUUGUUAAGUUCUUGGGCUUCCCUCGAUUACAGGCAGUUCAGGAUGAAACCUGCUUCGUUCAAGUUCAAAGACUGUGGUUAUGAAGCGUUGGUAAACGGGAGAUUCCCCGAAGAAUUUACAACAAACUUGAAGUGGUAUGCAGAUGUGGAUCACGUGUACGGAUGUCUUCAAACCGGCGGUAAUCACUGGGUGGCGUUUCACGUGGAUCUGAUCAAGGAGAAGAUAGAUUGCUACGAUCCAAUCUAUGGAGAGUCAACACCCGAAAGUGAGCAAAAAAUGCUAAAUGCUUUUAGACCUCUACUGGAGAUGCUUCCCUGGAUGUUGAAUGAGCUUAUUCCUGCCGAUCUCCGAAAGCAUUCUAGGAAGAGGUUCGCAUUCAGACGGAGGAGCAAAAGAUACAUUCCACAAAACAACAUGUCAGGUGAUUGUGGGGUUUAUUCGUUGAAGUUUGUGGAGUGUCUAGCGCUUGGUGUAACUUUUGAUGGCAUAAACGAUAGUAAUAUUCAAGGGUUACGGGUGAAGAUGGCAGCAGAUAUCCUCGAGGAAGGAGGAAAUGUUGGAAUGAACAAUUUGUUUUCAUAAUGAAACUGUGUUUGUUUGUGAACCUGUGUUUGUUGUUAUGUUAACUAUUUGACUUUGGAUAACUGCUGUAAUAACUCAGUCGUAUCGAUUAGUAAUACUCAGCCAGUACUCAUUGAUAACUCAGUCAUACCUCAAACAUACCCUAGAAUCAAAAUAAUUAAUAAUUUUUCAUUCGAAUGUUAUAUAUAAAGUCCAAUUAUCAAAAUAAUUAAUAAUAACUCAAUGUGUGAGCAUGAUCUUUGUUGACUAUACGAGUUUGGAAUCGAUUAUAAUCUUGAGGUAUAUGUUGUCUCUUACGAGUACCUAAAACUCUAGGCAGUGAUAUGAGGUGUGAGCAUGAUUCAAAACACGUAAACUGUUAUUGUGUUAUUUAUUAUGAAUUUGUGAUAUUUAUCAUAUCUUGUGGUUCGUACAUCAUAAAUCAUAACCCUAAACAAUCUUAUUCGGAACCCAAACCCUAAAUAACUAAACCCUAUACCCUAAACGGCAAACAACAAAUCAGCCGUAAAGGUCUUAAUAACUCAGCCUGUUAGUGUAAGUUAAUAUUUACAUAUGGCGCGAAAAUUUUAGAUAUUUUAUCUCGCGACCUUUAAUGUUCUAUACUUCCCCUAUAUAUAGCCCCCUUCUCUUGCACCUUCUCGCCUUAUCUCACUAGAAAACCUAAACAAUAUCUCUAUAUCGCCUUACAAAGUUAUGAUUGUUCCUGGUUAUUCAGAAAGGUUAGAGAACAGAGUCAAUGAGAUACUAAACUCUGAAAAUCGUGAAAACCUUCCCGUUCUAUACCCUGGCCCGGGUGUCUUGCUUGACAGCGUAAUCUGGUUUAAAUUUCUAAGCGAUCUCUCCCUGGCCAUCCCGUCGAUUUUAGCAGAAGGAUGGGUUCAUGAUUGGCCGACAUGGCGCGCCAUUCCCGAUCAUUUUAAGGAACGCUGGUUUCUUCAACUCGCUGUAAGGACAACAUCUUUGAAUUGUUUUUGAUAUUAGACAUAAUAACAGCACUUACAUUUGGAAAUUGGUUUUUUGUUGUAGCGCAAACGCACGUGGGCACGAAGAUAUAAUUUUCAAGUUUGGACAAAUUUUAAUCUGGUGGCCAGAACGGUGUUUCGUUGUCAGAUGCGCCUCUUGAAGAGGAGGUGGGCACAUGGGGGUGAGAAGCCUGCGUGGAUGCUAACUAGAGUUUGGCGUGAUCUUGUCCACAUGUUUGAAGAAUUUGGUCCUGAUAAUUUUGGUUUUAGAAAUUGAUUUGUUGUUUUUGUUUGUAUUCAGCCGUCAAGUUUUUGUAAAGUUGUUUAACUCAGCCGUUAAGUUUCUAUAAAGUUGUUUAACUCAGCCAUUAAGUUUCUAUUAAGUUGUUUAACUCAGCCGUUUAGUUUCUAUAAAGUUGUUUAACUCAGCCGUUAAGGUUUUAUAAAGUUGUUUAACUCAGCCGGAAUUGUUUGCGUCAAACGUCAGUGUUUCAGUUAAGUAACUCAGCCGUAAUACGAAUUAAGAUACUAAUAACUCAGCCUUAUAUUGUAAAAAUACAAAGCCAUAGUUAACGCUAUUUUCAAUGUAUUAUUAUGGCCGCCAUUACUUAAUCGAGACCAGUAUUAGAGUCCUUUAUUCUCUUAUUAUUAUACGUGCGAGAAAUUCCAUCGUCAUUGAGAAUAUCGAGACUCAUUAUUAUGGCCGUCAUUACAUUAUCGAGACUACUAUUAUUAGAGACCUUUAUUCUCUUAUUAUUAUGUGCAUGAGAAAUUUCGUUUGCAUUGAGAAUAUCGAGACUCAUUAUUAUACGGCUGGCACGCAUGUAUCGGAUUAUUUACAUAAUCGAGGUAUUGUUAUUUUUAAUGUAACUCAGUCAAUACGUCUACGUUAACUCAGCCAAAAUAUAGACGCUAACACAGCCGUAAUACGAAUUCAACUUAAGUGUUUGAUAAAAUAAUAAAGAACCUUUCGUAUUUCUUGAUUUGAUUGAGUAUUCGUCAUAAUUAAAGUGCAUCACGUGUGUGGAAAAAUACGGCUCAAACCUAAUAUCGAGGCAUUUAAUAGUUUAUUAAUUUAAAUUAUUCCUCUUUAUUUGAAUUUAAAAAAAAAUGAUUUUAUAUUACUACCACUAUUGUUUUAACUUUGUCUUUCACACCAAUUUCUCUUUCAUUCAAAGAAAAUGUCUUCUUCAUCAUCUGUGUCUGGUAACACUUACUUUCACCGCCGGCAUGUGGAAAGAGGAACGCCGAAACAGUGUUGGUGUGGUGAACCCGCUGAAUUAUGUACAUCUGCAUCACGGGCUAAUCCAGGAAGACUGUACUAUUGCUGUCGCAAAGGAUAUAUUAAGGUUUGAUUUUUAAUUUUAUUCAUUAUACUGUCAAUGUGAUACUAAGAGCUGGGCAUGUUGGUGAAAUCAGAGACAUUUAUUCAAAUGGGCGGACGAGUGCUUGGUGGAAGAGGUAGAAGAUAUGAAAUCGGUGAUGAGUGACAUGACCAAAGGCAUAUCAGAUCUGAGAGUAGACGUUGGUCGGUUGGAGAAAGAACUCGGUAAAGCGGAAAAGAUGAAGUGUUUGAUGUUUCCAGUGGUGGUUUGUGGGUUUGGUAUGGCCAUAUUUUGGCACUAUUUCUUUGCGUAGUCAUGUGUUGUAAUCAUAAUUUAGACGCAAUGUUUUUAGUAACUCAGCUAUUACGUUCAAUGCAACUCAGCCAGUACGUUAAUUAAUUCAUAAUCAAACAAUAACCCAGCCAUAAUACGAGUAUUCGUCAGUCAUAACGUUUUAAUAACUCAGUUAUAACGUUCACUGCAAUUCAGCCGUUACGUUAAUUAAGUCACUAUCAAACAAUAACCCAGCCAUAAUAUGAGUAUUCGUCAGUCAUAAUGUUUUAAUAACUCAGUUAUAACGUUCACUGCAUCUCAGCCGUUACGUUAAUUAAGUCAUAAUCAAACAAUAACCCAGCCAUUAUAUGAGUAUUCGUCAGUCAUAAUAAGAUAGUAACUCAGCUAUAACGUUCAGUGGAAGUCAGUCAUAAUCAAACAAUAACAUAAACAAUAACUCAACCAUAAUAUGAAUAUUAGUCAGCCAUAAAAAGAGACAUACAUAAAUUUCUGGUUCGACAUACAUAAGUUUAGGUUCAAAAUCACUCUUCCCUUUCCGGACAUACACACAUUAGUGGAGUAGUUUUCCCAUCUCCAACCACAUUGAACACAAAUAAGUCUCCUAUGGCGCAUCUGUUAGCACGACAGAACUUUCUCCAGCCUCUUCUGAUGUAAUACAUGCCGUCUGCUUCGCUAAAUCGCAAACUCACAGUCCAUGAAUUUCCCUCUUUGUUGACAAGUAUUAUCUCUUGGCAUUGUUUGUUCAAAGCAGUACAAGUCGUAGCUCCCUCAGGAAGAUACUGCAAACACAGAACGUAAAGACACAGAACAGAUCAAACCAUAUGUUAAUAACUAACUAAAUACUGCAAACACAGAACGUAAAGACACUGAACAGAUCAAACCAUAUGUUAAUAACUAACUAAAUAUGGUCUAUAACUGAAAAUCGACUCACAAGUUUGUCUUCUUUUAGAUUCGAAGCAGUGACCUCAGCCUGAAAACAAUAGUCAAAUGAGAAAGAAGGAGCAUCAUCCGCAUCGGCUUCUUCCUUGAUGAUGUGAGGAUGUGUAUACUGAAUCUCACAACAGCUAGGACCAAAUGGUGUGACAUGAAACACCAUAUCUCCUUCGUGUUUGAAGAUGACAAUGUCACCGAUUUGAAGGUCAUGUGCUGUGGUGAAAUCUUUCCAACCUCCGGUGAGUCUCCUGCCUUCUUGUAUCACUUCCCAAGUUUGAUCUGUAGCGUCCGAUCUUAGUUUCCAUGUUUUCCGGUUUGUCUUCCCUUCUAUGUGCUGUGAGAAGAAGCCAAGUGGUAUUGUCUGCAGGUCAGAAAAGCCAAAGUUAAGCAAACUCUAAAAUAGGAACAUAUACACAUGAGAAAUAGAGAGUGUGUGUCUACCACGCCACUGUGGAAAUCGGGAAGCAGAGGCUUCAAGAAAUGAGGUUUGUGCGAAUUAGGCAUCUGCAAACAAGAAAAGAAUGGGAAGAAAACAUCAUCGAACCUAAGCUGAAUCCACAAAUCUGCAAAAGAGAGGCUUCGGUUUUACCUUCGUAUCGAGACGCUUCGAAAUCGCCUGUCGUCGAGAGCUUUUCUUUUUUUUUUCGCGUUGGGACGAAAAUGAUUUCUUUUUUUUUUCCUUGUGUAAAGUAAAUAAUGCCGGAAAAUAUAACUCAGCCGUAACAUUGUUAAUAAUUAAUAAUGCCGAAGAAUAAAACUCAGCCGUAACAUUGUUAAUAAUUAAUAAUACCGAAAACUAAACCUCAGUCGUAAAAUUGUUAAUAUUUAAUGAUGUCGAAAAAUAAAAGUUGGCCAAAAGAGUCAUACAUAAUUUAACUCAGUGUCGAGUUAUGUCCUGACACGCAUGUCCGAGUAAUUUACGAUAUCGAGGUCAUUAUAUGUUUAUUUUAUUUGGACACGCGUGAUCUUUAUAUUUAAUAUGAUUUCCCUAUUAUAUUUCCAAUAUUUACAAGUAAAAGAUAAAGGAAAAACCAGAGUCGACUUCUAAAACCUAAAGUAAGUCUCUUUCGUCCAAAAUCGAUUUUGAAUUAUUUUUUGUAUUUUGGCCUUGUUCGAUUUUGCAUUAUUUUUUGUGUGCUAUGAUGUAUAAAUUAGAUGGAUCUACAGCGUGGAAUUCCAAGGACGUGCGACUGUGGAGCUGCUACCAUUGUGUUAACGUCAGGUACAAUAAAGAAUCCGGGUAGAAGAUUUUAUCGAUGUGGAGCAAAUUCGGGUCAAAACCAUGUUUUCAAAUGGCUUGAUGAAGCACAUGAUGAAGAGUUUGUAGUUGUGGCAAACAAACUCGCGACGAUAGAGCAGGAUUUGGCCGCUAUAAAAGCAGAAUUAGAUGAUAUGAAGAAAGACAUAACUGAGAUCAUAAAAAUUAUUGAAUGUCUUAGGAUGAAGUCUUAAAUGUAUUAGUUGCUACUACUACUUCUUUGUUUACUCAGAUUCUGUACUCAUAAGUCAGUCUAUGUUUAUGUAACUCGGAUUUAACUCAGCCGUUGUUAAUUUCUUCCGAAACAACAACUCAGCCGUAACAUGUAAUAAUAUCAGUCUUAACGUUUAGGUGAACAAUCAAAAAACAGUCAUAAGAUGAAUAAAUGAGAAUAACUCAGCCGUAAGAUGAAAAUAACUCAGCCGUAAGAUGAAAAUAAGUCAGCCAUAAGAUGAAAAUAACUCAGCCAUAAGAUGAAAAUAAGUCAGCCAUAAGAUGAAAAUAACUCAGCCAUAAGAAAAUAAGUCAACCAUAAAAACAGAAUAUAUAAUUUUUUGUUCGACAUACAUAAUGGCAUAGCAAAAAACAUAAAAAAGAUAAGAUUCUGAUGCAGAGACAUCUUCACCACUUACUUGUGUCCCUAAACAGGCUUAUCGGUUCAAAAUCACGAAAGAACAAGGAAAUCUCUUUGAUCCAGAAACAGCGCUCACACAUGUUGUCGUCCUUAGUCACAUCAAUGUGCCAUAGGCAGAGACAUUGUCGGUCCACAACAUUUGCACAUUGGCAAAGGUAGAAGGACGGAACAUAAGUAGAAGUGAACAUGGCCUUAAUUUGACGGAACUCGUCAGUAUGCCACAAACCCCAUCCCCAUUUCGCAUCUCGAACAAGUUUCCCGACCCUGUCAACAGUUGCUCUUGGAAUUCUCCGAAAAUACUGCGCAUCACCGUAAAAGAUUGCUUGAGUCAUAGCGUGUGUAUACACUGCACGCUCAUAUCCUGCAUCUGCUGCACGCUUGAGGAGAGAAAGGCCAUAAUCUUGCUCAUCGUAUGAGUAGAAAAACUGUACACCCUUUACAUAAAUUGUGCUUGGAUUGUUCUCAGCGUAGCAAGUUUUCAACAACUGAGAUGGCAUAAUGAGACCCCAGGGAAAGGAUAACACAUCGAAAUAAUGGUAUACCCUACGCAUCUCUGCUAACGCCUUCAUCGACCUGGACGAUGCUCUGAGGCGGUAGAGAUCUUGGAAGGAGUUACGGGCCACACGUUCAACCACCAUUGCCUGAAGAUCUUCAGGCAAUUCAAGCAGAGGGAAAUAUUCCAUUUUCUCUGAGAGGACAGUUGUGUAAAAGAUAGAGAGUUGAAGAUGUGUAAUUGUUUGAGAAGUACCUUAUUUAUCUGCAGUUAACGGUUGUAGUUUCGUAUCGCGGCGUUUCUUAUUUCUUAUUUUGAGCGGGAAUUUAAUCCAUAACUCAGCCGUGUAUUACAAUAACUCAGCCUUAGUUGACUUCGCGACGUUUCGUGUUUCUAGCGGGGAAGUUUUUUUCAACUGCGUUUGAAUAAAAGAGCUGACAUUAGAAAUCACGACAAUUAUUAGGCGUGUGAGUAACAUUAUCUCAGCCAAUGAAGAUUAAUUUCUCUUAAUUUAAUUCGCUACUUUCGUAUUCCACUUUAUAAUCAAUAAUUACGUAGGGGCUAUUACGUAACGUAGGGCAAUUAAGUACGGACAUUUCGUUUUUCGAUGUCUGUGUCUCUCUUGAGUAAUGGGAAGCGGGCAAAUCAAUGAAAAUAAAAACCCAACCACAAUACAAAAUUUGAAAAACAUUAACGCAGCCGUCAUAGAACAUUAAAACAAAAAAACCCAGCCGUAUUACAACACAAAACCCAGCCGUAUUACAAUUAAUAAUCCAGCCGUUGU